AUGAGUAAUACGAAUCGUCAAGCAGCAAACGGUCAAACAGCACGAACAUGUCAGUUCAAAAUGGUUCUACUAGGUGAAUCAGCUGUUGGAAAGUCAUCGCUGGUUCUUCGAUUUGUUAAAGGACAGUUUCAUGAAUAUCAAGAGUCAACUAUUGGUGCAGCCUUUCUUACACAAACCGUAUCUGUCGAUGAUACGACUGUUAAACUCGAAUUAUGGGAUACAGCUGGGCAAGAACGAUAUCAUUCACUAGCUCCGAUGUAUUAUCGUGGUGCUCAAGCAGCUAUUGUUGUCUAUGAUAUUACUAAUGCGGACACAUUCAGUCGUGCAAAAGUUUGGGUCAAAGAAUUACAACGGCAAGCUGCGCCGAACAUUGUUAUUGCCCUAGCUGGCAACAAAGCUGAUCUAGCUCCUAAACGACAAGUGGAAGUCAAUGAAGCACAAGCCUACGCAGAUGAAAACGGUCUGAUUUUCAUGGAAACUUCAGCUAAGACAGCAAUAAACGUUAAUGAUAUAUUUAUGGCGAUAGCAAAGAAACUGCCGAAAACUCAAGACGUAUCGAAUCCGUCGGGUGGCCGAGGGCGUGGAAACGACGGCUCAUCGAUAACCGUCGGUGGAUCGGGCAAUUCCAGAGCAGGCGGAAAUGAAAGCGGAGGUUGCUGUGGUGGUUCUAAGUAA